AUGCAGGCAGUGUUUAAAGAAUCACCUUCCACAAUCCCUACCAUAUGUAUUGAAAACAGCUCUUGCAACGAGCCAUCUGCGAGGAAUUCUCCGAUAUGUGACGUGAACUCGCCAUUUUUAAUAGCCAGCAAUGAAGACUUUCUCGGAAAGUCGUUGUCUUUUAACGUUCAGGUGUCCCAGUUCCUUUGCUGGUUUUCAGAAUUGACAGAACCAAGGAAACUGCUUUUUACCGCACUCGUUGUGAAGAAUACUUCCCCUGACUUUCUUCAAAUUGCACACACUCUUCUGGAGCAUCGUCUUCUGUCUUUCCAAAGUCCGGAGCUGGUACAGAAAGCCAACAGUCUCGACCAUGUGAAGAGCUUAUUCUCAAUAUCCAAUCCUUCUGAACUUACACAAACACUUCUACAUUUACUAUCGCACUUGAGUACCGAACCAUCUACCAUUCUGUCAGGAAGUGUCAACAAAGAUGACAAAACCUCCGACCACCCCAUUAGUGGAAGUCAGGGUGCCGAAUACAACGAAACUAUUAGGCGUUAUUACUUGGACCUUAUCGACAAGGUCUUCGAAAACCUAUCUACACUACGGACCCACAAAUGUCCUACGUUCACCUCUCGCGCAGAGUUAGCCACUCAACAACCAAGUUCGCUAGACGAUCCUGUUGACACAAAUGAAGGUCAAAUUCUCCUUCUUGCAAUAUCUCAUCCAGUGUUUGACUCCAAGGAUAAACAGUGGUUAUUGUCCAGGUUACUUCGUUACCGGGAUCUGUCGAAACACGACACGGACGAAGAACUCGGAGGAGGCGAUAUCCUGAACAGUCUAACUACGCUGGCAGCAGAUCUUCUAGACAUCCUAGUUGAAUCAUCGGACCCUGACUCUCCCGUCUCCGCUGUCCAACUCAUCGUUGAACUCAUCUGGGUUUAUAUCGGGCAGCAGUCUGCGUCGCCCUAUGCCUCCCACUGUGCCGAGUCUCAGCUCAAGGAAGGCGAUGAGGAGUCAGUAUUUCUCGAGCCGCACAGCUCCUCACCGCCAAGACCUCUCGCUGAACCCGCAAACACUGACGGCUCUGAAUCGUCUGAUGCUUCACCAAACAUCCCCUGCCUAGUCGCUGUACAGUUACCCAGAGAAAACGAGGUAAGCAGACCUUGUGCAGUGUAG